CAUCGUGCAAUUCCUUAACCACCGUGCAAAUCUGAGGAAGAAACCAUCAAAGCAUCGUCACUGCAAGUUUAAUCUUCUCGUGGAUGUCCGUUCAUCUGCAGGUUAAGUAUGUGGGAGACGACGGGGAGGAGCAGAACGGUUUGCAGAUGACUGGCCUGAAUCUCAUGGACAAGACGAUGGCCGUCAGGGGAGCUAGGAUUGCCUACAGCAUCUGGGAUGUGGCAGGAGACCACCAGUCUGUCGACCACAUCCCGAUCGCGUGCAAGGACGCCGUGGCGAUCCUGUACAUGUUUGAUCUCACGAGCCGCUGCAUGCUUAAUAACAUUGUAGAUUGGUACGAGAGGGCAAGGAAAUGGAAUAAGACGGCUAUUCCAAUCCUAAUCGGGACAAAGUUUGAUGACUUUGCUCAGCUUCCUCUUGAAAUGCAAUGGGCCAUCGUUAACCAGGCCAGAGCAUACGCAAGAGCCAUGAAGGCGACCCUCGGUGGCGGAGCCAGGAAUUAG